UGUCAGAGCACUACAGAAAGCAGUUUAGUGGCAUCAAGGCAAAGUAACAUCCAAGGGGGAGCCAGCAAGUGGUUUUGUUCAUCCUGUCCUCUGGAAUUACUAGAAGAUUGUAUUAAAGCCACACAGUACAAAACUACUAUCAAGUUUAGACGCUGAUGCAGCGAUGAGUCAGUCAGGAUCUACUGGAAGCAAGCAUGGAUCCACCAAUGGAGGAUCAGGCAAAAUGAGCGCAAAGGACCUAUUUGAACAGAGGAAAAAAUAUUCCAACUCAAAUGUCAUCAUGCAUGAGACAUCUCAGUAUAAUGUUGAGCAUCUUGCUACAUUUUUGAUGGAUAAAGGUGAUGCUCUGGGCACGGUGGAUGAAGCUGUCAAACGACUGACGCAUCUGGAAUCCAAGGAUAAAAUCUGGGCCCAGGAAAUGGUUCUCCAGGUUAUGAGCAAUUCCAUCAGCCUUCUGGACUCUGGCACACAGGACGAGUUGGAGAAUUUCUCUCUGUCCAUUGUCCAGCACUGCCAGAGUGUACAAGGCCCACCUCGCUAUCCGCAAGUUCUCCUAAUAGUAUGUCAGGAGCCGGAUCAGACCAAGCCUGAUAUUCACUUCUUUAAUUGCGAAAUGGAGGCUGAUAUGGUCCAUGCAGAUAUUGAAAGUGCACUUGCUGACAUAAAGCAUGGGAACAAAAUGAGGCCACAGACACUCAAGGUUAACCAGGAGAGAAUUAAGCAAAGAGAAUCAAUCCUUCCACCUGCCACUGCCCCCAAACCAGCCUUCAGAGAUAACAAAAAUCGAGUGAUUUCACCAGCUGCACCCAAUGACAUUGAGUUCGAUAGAAGAAGUAACAUCUCUCAAGAGCCAGAGGAAUCCAGGGAAGUUCUAGCAAAGAAAAUUGAAAAAGAAACACAAUGCUUAAACUGCACAUUGGAUGACAUAGAAUAUUUUGUGGCAAAACUCCAAAAAGCAGCAGAGGCUUUCAGGCAGCUGAACCAAAGGAAGAAGGGCAAAAAGAAUAAAAAGAAAGGACCAGCAGAGGGAGUCCUGACACUACGGUCUCGGCCACCGAAUGAGCUUGAGUUCAUCGACUGCUAUCAAAAGAUCAAGUUGGCUCUUAAUCUUCAGGCGAAGUUGAGAAAACAUAUCCAGAAUCCUAGUUCUGCAGAGCUUAUCCAUUUCCUCUUUGGGCCACUGGAGCUGAUAAUACAGAGCUCAGGAGGUCCAGAUUUGGGAAGAUCAAUUACCUGUCCUCUCCUCUCAAAAGAUGCCACAGAUUUUUUGAAGGGGCAUCUCACCCCAAAAGAAAUGCAGAUAUGGGAAGCCCUGGGAGAACGAUGGACCAAAUCAAGGACAGAAUGGCCAAAAGAGCCUGUGAUUCCUCAGUACAUUCCUAAAUUUAACAAUGGAUGGAUACCUCCUCUAGACAUCUUCCAGGGAGCUCCUUGGGAGCUGGACAUGGGAUAUCCACCAGAGCCUUUUAAAUCCAAGAUGCAGGAAGAGCCACCCAAACCAAUAGAAAACCUUGGACCUAGAAAUGCUUCUCCUCCGAAUGGAAAUCCUUAUCGAACUCCAUCUUUCAGACAGCAGUCUCUACCAGUUCAGCCUGAAAUUAAGCCAGAAUACAACCCAGGCCCUAUACUUACCAGUUAUGAAGCACCACUGCCUGCACAGCCACAAAAAUGCGCCAAAAUUCGUUAUGACUUCACUGCCAGAAAUGCCAACGAACUUUCAGUCAUGAAAGAUGAAGUACUGGAGAUUCUGGAAGAUAACAAACAGUGGUGGAAGCUGAGAAACAGCAUUGGGCAGGAGGGCUACGUCCCAUAUAACAUACUCGAUGUAGUGUCAACAGACGAAAGCCAGGUAGACGGACCAUAUGGCAAGAUUGGAAGCAACUACAGAGAAGGAAACCCAAGAAGUCCCAUUAGCCCUGCAUACAAGCUUCCAAGUAGUUAUGCUGGAGAUAAAUGGGGAAGUGAGAUGGCUGGAUGGUCAACCAAUCAGAAUACCAAACAACAGUUAAUUCACAACAUGGAUGAACUGAAUGAUGAGCUCUUGAAGAAAAUCACAACAACUCAGCCACCUAAAAGGAACUUUGUAGCACAAAAAGUUCAGCAAGUACACAUCCCAUUAAAUUACCAGUCUGAUGCAGAGGAAGUCAAAGCUUGGCUUGAUGCUAAAGGUUUUAGUAAACCGACAUCAGGACAACUGGGCAUUUUGAACGGGGCACAGAUUUUUUCUCUAAACAAAGAUGAGCUAAGGAGGGUUUGUGGCGAAGAGGGCGGAAGAGUAUACAGUCAGCUGCUUGUGCAAAAGUCACAGUUAGAGAAAAGUCAGGGUGGGAAUGAACUCACUGAAAUCAUGAAAAAGCGCCAAGAGAGGAUUGAUGGCGAAAACUAGCAGAAUAUCUCCUCCAUCACUUUCUCUAUUCUAUGCAACAAUCCACAUAGCCGUGCAGAAUCACUCGCUGCUGCGUAUGCCUUUGGCUGCAAAAGGAUUUUGGAUGUACCCCUGUGAAAUGUUAAAGCAAGGGACAAGCAAUAUGGACCUCAGCAGUAUACAGUAUAUAUAUAUAUAAAUGUAUACAUAAAUAUGCAGCAAGUUCUUUCCUUCCCCUUAGUGGGCCAUGUGGUGCAUUGCAGAAUAUUUUCAACCAUCGUUGCCUCUAAGCAUUUAUCAUGCCUGCAGCACAUGAAGCCAGUACAGUACAUCUGCAUGUAUGUAUAGAUAUAUAUAUAGUAUUCCCAUAUUUAUGUUUGUAUAUCUCAUGGAUUCUACCAUUUGUUUUUUUCUCUCUACACUUUGUUUUCCUUUCUUUGCUGCCUAUGAGGCCUGCUGUUCUUAUAGCAGUUAAGGGUGAAAAGGGGUAUGAGCUAUAAGUAUUGCAUGAAAGUAUUAUUUUUAUAUGUAUAUUCCUUAUUUUUUAAACUGAUUUUGUGCAAAGACAUCUGGAGCCAGGCGGAGCCUUGCCAAGAGUCUGUGCAGGGCAAAUGGAAAAAUCUCCAUCUUUAGCAAUUAAUAGUUUGGCAGUGAAGGGGUUAUUCUACAUACAGGCCAUAAUAAUAUAAUUUUGCAGAUUGUCUUGGGAGUAAAUGAUGUAAACCCCCGUGUCCUUCUGCUUGGUCUGUAUUAGCUGUGCACGCAAUCACAUACAAUACAGAGAAAUGCUUCACCAGAACUAAUUACAGUUCAAUAUA